GUUUUAAACGCAUAUUUGUUGCACGUCUACCGCAUAAAUUUUUUAUAAAUUGUUCAGUUUCUUUACAUAAGGUCUCCGGUGUUCUGGUCCAAAGAAUUCAUCUAUUGAAAUUCGUUCACCUGUGCAGGACACAAUUUAUUUUGUAACCCCUCCAUGGUUAAUUCCGUUAUUUACAAAAGUUUACUGACAUUUUCAGUUUUAUUUUACGAUUUUCGUUUGAUGGUCCCGAUACGUAUUUAAUUUACUACCUCUGCUGUAUGACCACAACAAGCACUAAUAAUAUAUCAUUCGCCAUUUGCGAUCUAUCCAUCAACUCUGUACGAAAAUGUCGCAAUCAAUAUGGUUUUUCGCAAUUUUGAUGUCAAAAUUGAUCGCUACUCAGGAAUAUGAGCCCAUUGAUGAUAUUCCAAUUGAAAGUUACGAUCAAGCGGCUCGACAGGAAAACGAUAUGGAUCUGGAACUACUGCCUAGACAGCACAGAUCUUUUUCGGACACGGAAGACCCAAAAGAUAAUUUUUUUAGAUCGAUGAGGUCUUUCGACGACAUUGAGGACGUACGACCGUUUGCUCCUUACGACAAUAUUCCUAGACCAAAUGGUAUUACACCGAUCUACACUGAAUUGUCAUCAGAGGACCAGGUUCUUAACAGCAGGCAAAAAAGGCAUGCGCAAGAAAACGAGUCCGUAAAAGAUAUAUUAAUCACGUUAGGUAAACCAUUGGAAGUUGCCCCCUUGUCUUCGGCUAAUUCCACCGCUAGGGAGGGUAAUGUUGAAAUAGCAGCAAAACGUAAUCUAUCGAUUAACGAUUUUAUAAGAUUCCGGCGAUCUGUCAAAGAGACAAACUACGGAUUUAGCCAGCCAAAGCCAGAAAAAAUGAUGAUGGACGACCCUGACGACGAGAUAAACAGAGAAACGAGAGGUGCUACCAAUGAGCACUGGAUAAAACAGCCCUAUCCAGUGAGAAAAACCGAUGAAUUGGCGUUCGAAGACAAUAUGCCCUCUUCGAGUGAAAAUAUCCGAUUUCCUAGGGUGCACUUGGAUAAAAAUGGGGCCGAAGAUGGAAGUCCUGAUUUUAGACAUAAUCAACGGGAGGCCAGAUCACGGGGUUUAAAUAAAGAUGGACCUAGAGAUGUUGACUAUUAUCAAUCCAGACCAAAUAGACCGUUAUAUCCCGAGCGGCCAUAUUACAGAGAUGAACGUUAUCACAGAUACGACAAUCGAGAUAGAGACGUUUAUCGGCCAAGAUACGAGCAUUAUGAAAGACCGAGAAGUUAUUACCCUUCAACUCCUCAAAAACCCCAAAAACGUAUAAUUUACUACGCCACCCUUCCCGAAAUCCCUCGUUCCAGUCCCAACUCAGAAAUACGCGACAGAUAUCAUUACGAUAGGUAUGAUGAUAGAUAUUCCGACCCGUAUAGAAUUAGAAAGGGGCCUCUUAAAUCGUCGAACUAUGAAGAUGGUAAAACCCCGUAUCCCGUCAAAGUUUCGACCGAUGUCAAUGUCCGGGAAGUUAAAAAGAACCCUGAAAGGAUUUAUUCCGAAGUAGAUAGAACCAGAUAUGCAUACAACACCCCUUAUCAAGCAACCGUAGGUUAGAGAGCUGUUCCUUGUUUUUAAAUCACUGCCCAGCUUAAACUUUCCUUAGCCGGGACUUUUUCGCCCAACGUUGGGAACAUUUUUAGCGAUACGACUUUUUUUAUACGG